AUGUCGUCAAACGCUGUAAAAAGUGGUAUCGAUGAUAUUGCUGCUCGUCUGAAACAAAACGGGACGUCUUCAUCGUCGACACACAACACAUCAAAAAGCAAUGGAUCGGCGACAACAUCAACACACAACGCUGGUAUUGAUCCGACCACGAUUUCAAAUCACACGCCAACAAUGCAGUUGAGUUGUGUUGAAUGUGGAGUUACCAAGGCGAACUCAGAAGAAAUGGAAAUUCACAUCAAGACAGAACAUCUCAAUUGGCUGCCGUUUCAAUGUCCGAUGUGUCUAACAGAACGUGCUUCUGAUUCACAAAUGAGAGAGCAUCUUCAUUCGUCUCAUCAGAAGAAUAUGAGCAAAUUCAUUUACGUUGAUAAUGUUACCGCAAAAAGAAAAUUGCAAGUUCUUAUGGACAAAGCAUUCUCAUUAAAUGUUGCAAAACGGGUGAACGCUUCAGCGAACAACAUCCCUUCGUCAUCUACAGCCACAUCCCCAUAUUCUCCACCGAGUUAUCGUGGAAUGAAUUCAACGCCUUCUUCUGGCAGGAACACUUCUACCUCCAACGGUAGUGCGACAUCCGCUGCUACAGCAUCUGCUCAAGCUGCCGCCACAGCUAUUGUCAACCAUCACAAGGAAAAAGAGAAGCAAACGGCUCAAGCGGCUGCAGAUUUUCUGAAACUUCUCGAUUUCUCCGUGAUAAAUGGGGAGACAGUUGAACAGAAGCCACAGACGCCGUCGGCUUCAAGAACUACGAGCGGUAGAAAACGACCAUACGUACCAACUUCGGCAACCGAAGCGAUAACAACGAUGGAAUUGGAGCCGUCGAAUGCCGAAUCGUUUUUGGCCACUUUGAAUUCUUUGAGUCAUGCACAGACGCCGGAAAACGAGGAGAAUGAUAAACCCCCCUUCUCAUUGGAUGAUCUCAAUAUCGACAGCUCCUCAACUCUCGCAACACUCUUCGGUGGUGGUGCAAAGAAAGUCAAGUACGAAGAAAGCGAUGGACCAAAUGAUAUGAUGGAAGAUGCAUUGGAUGCACUGAAUCCUAUUUCCGUUCUUGAUAAUGUCGCUGCUCUCUUUGGCUCCACUCCGGAUAGAAGCACUGAAACUGAAGGAACAAAGAAGACGUCGAGUAUUUCGAAAAAGCGAGUGCUCGGGGAAUGCUCAAAGUGUCAAAAACCAGUGACAGCUGGAGCCAGACAAAUGCACAUGUUCUUCCAUUUGGCAAAAGACGAAAUGAUAUUUCGUUUCCGUUGCAAACAUGAAGGAUGUGCUAUUGAGCAUUAUCGCAAAGAUCAAAUGGAAAAUCAUCAAUCGAAAGCUCACGGACGAAUCGACCCAGACAUGAUGGAGGAUCGUUCGCUGGAAUUGUUCCAAAAGUGUCAGGAGUUGAAUCACGAACUUUUCGUCGCACACCGUCACGGACAUCGCGGAAGCCCGCACCAGUGGUCGGGUGGCUCGGCAGAUAUGACCGGCUACCAGGAUCUCUCCAUGGAACUUCUCGGCACCAAGAAUGGCACCAUCCCCGGACCGACUGCUGCAAAAGCUGAAAUCGCCUACGCAGCACAACAAGCCGCCAACGCUCAAAAGAAUGCUCAAAAGUCGAAGCUCGCCAGCGGAUCAAGCUCCACAACUGGAGGCCCAUCGUCUGGCUCAAACGUUUAUACAGGAUUUGGUCCGUUGAAGCUAGUUCCUGAUGAGGAUCAUCCAUUGCAAUGCCGGCUGUGUGGAAAGACAAUGCAGAAUAGAAUUCGUGGUUUCCACAUCCUCUGGCACAUGGCAAAAGACAAAGGAAUCAAUCGAUAUACUUGCAAAUACUGUCCUUUCGGACAUGAUCGCUCCCAAUCUGUUCAAGUUCACGGAAAGAAAGAACACGGAACCGAUGAUUGUGUUGAAGAUCGUAUCGGAGAGUAUCAAGAUGAUGUGAAAGAAAUGUCUGCUGCGUGUUUCGGAAUCUCCUCUCUCUUUGCACAAGAAAGCAAAAGAAAGAAUAAAUUCCCGGCGGCUGCACCAAGAGAGCACAAGAAUCUUGCAUCAAUUGUGAGCAGCGCAGAAGCAUCUCCACUUGUCAUUAUGGACGAAGACGCAUCGAAUGAUAGUUUGAUUAAACAAGAAGAAAUUGAUGAAGAUGAGAAACCAUUGUUACUCAUAGAUGAUGAAAUGAUUGAAGAUAUGGGAGAGGAUGAGGAGGUUGAGCAUGAUCAAGAACAGGAACAAGAGCUUGAACAUGAACAAGAGCUUGAACAUGAACAUGAUGUAGAGCCAGAAAUAGAAGAAGAUGAUGGGGAAGAGGAUGGAGAAGAAGGAGAGGAAGAAGCCCCUGUAACCAGUAGUUCAAAGAGUUCCAGUUCCAAAAAGAAAUGGCGUCGUGCUUUCAACAUUCGUUCAAAAAAGUCCAAAAAACAAAAGGAAGAUGCCGUUGUCGCUAGAUCCGUUUCAAUUUUGAUAGGCGGUGCUCAGUUCUAUAAAAAGAAAGUCAACGAGUUCUGUUACUGUGAAAAGUGUGGGAAACAGACGAACUCUCGUUUGCCAGAGCACGCCUACACACAUAUGGAAGGUGUUUCACUAUACUCUUGUCCAGCCUGUUCAUUUGGAAAUCAAUGCAAGGAUACAGUGAUGAAACAUAUGAAAGAAACGCAUCCAGGAUGUGCGGAACGGUGUGUUGACAAUCGGUUGGGACAUAUAAAGGAGAUCAAAAGCCAACUUGGCGAGUGCUUCCCCGCGUUUUUCGUCGACCAUCCAUUGCCGACAAGAGCUGAUAUUGAGAAAUUACAAGUUCUCGCAUCUGGAGGUGAUCUUAAAAUUGGUGGAAUCGAAGAUUAUCUGAAAGAGGAGUGCAACGAUGAAGAAUCGUCAGAAGCUCCAGAUGAGGAAGAAGACCUCGAAGAAGAAGAUGACGAAGCAGUCACUUCUGAAUAA